AUGAAAGGAUUAUCGAAAAAUGGGCAUGAAUGGCCCACACAGUUAAGCUUCAUUGUUAUUCUAUUGCGAUACGAUGCCCUCGCCACGAUCGAUGUUAAUUUAAAUGAAUUGGAAUAUUUAGCCGCUCGUCUUAAUCACUUCGAAUGUCGACGAUUGAUAGCUGCACUUCAUUACACCACUUACGAGCUACCAAGAGAUCUGGCAGGUGCUGAACGUAACGUGGAUGAAAGCAUCCCUUGUAUUCGACAUCUCGUGCAUUGGAAUAGUGCUCCAGCCGAGGGCAAAGGCACCACUCAUGAAAUUUUGACUCACAGACUUCGACAAUUAGGUCGAGAUGAUCUGGCAGAUUGGUUAGGAAAAUCCACUUUUAAACAAUUAGGGAAAGAUCUUCAGAGAGCGAUGGUAACGACGUUCGAAGAACUCGGAAAACAGGAAACGGAAUUACCUCAUCCCGUAACUCUCGAACCACGUAAACGUGAGAAAGAAGAUCCUUGGUUACAAAUUGACGUUAUUCUCAUAGCAAUUUUAUUAGCAUUAUUAGGAACUUUGUUAACACUUAUAUGUGCCACCGUUAUACAAAGAAUAAGACAUAAAAUCAAAUACAAAAAAGUAAAGCAACAGGAAAACGAGAAUGUAAAACAAAAUAAAAAAAAAACAAAGAAGAAAUACGCCGAAAGCACUACUAGCGGAACUACUGAUUAUAUAUAUCUAGAAAGCGAUUCGGACACGGAUGUAUAAAAGAAUGUUUAUUUGCAAACUCAGGAAGAAGAGUUUUCGAUUCCUUCGAAUAUUUUUAAAGGAUAUCAAUCCCAAGCAGCUUCUACUUCAAUGUAAAUUUCGAUUUCAACGUGUCUUUCAUUACUUCUAUUAUCACUCCUUUCAUGUC